AUAAGAAGGGACUCUUUAAUUCCUUAGUUGGCCCUUUUUUUCUGUUUCAGUUACACCACCCAUCAACCAUUCAUGGAUCUCUCUUAUCAAAUAAAGUUUUGUUACCCUGACCAACUCAAUUAUGUCCUUUAGUGAGCAUGCAUCCUUUAUAAAAAACCAACUAGCCAUGCACCUCCUUUUGUCAAAAUCCAACGGCAACCCCUUUACAAGAACUUAGUAUUCAAUACCCUUUUGGUGCUUUAAGUCAGCAAAAUGCCUCACCAGGGAAGAUGCAGUGCAAACCCAGUUUUAGUUCUUGCCUGCACCCUUAUUUUGCUCUUAGCUCAAUUUGAGAUCACUCAAGCCGAAACUUUUACGGUUGGUGAAACUUCAGGCUGGAGUUUCAACGUUCAAAGCUGGGCAAAGGGGAAAAAGUUCAAGGCUGGGGAUACUCUUGUGUUCAAUUAUGAUCCAUCUUUGCACAAUGUUGCAGUUGUUGGUGUCGAUGGCUACAAUAAUUGUUCUGCUUCUCCUAGCUCCGAGGUUUACAGCAGUGGAAAUGAUGCAAUCGAACUAUCAAAAGGACGAAACUACUUCAUUUGCAGCAUCCCUGGCCAUUGCGAUGGGGGCUUGAAGAUUGCCGUUGAUGCUUCAUGAGUGCAAAAAAAAAAAAUGUGGCUUUCAUGAAACAUUUCCCAACCUUAAUUACUUCAAAGGGGAUGGUGUGAUCUUGAAUAAAUUGU